AUGGCGGCGGCGGAGCCCGCGAGCUCGGGCCAGCAGGCGCCGCAGGGGCAGGGCCAGGGCCAGCGGCCGCAGCCACAGCCUUCCCAGGCGCAGCCUCCGCAGCAGCCGCCACCGCCGCAGCUCGGGGGCGGCGGGGGCGGCAGCAGCAGGCACGAGAAGAGCCUGGGGCUGCUCACCACCAAGUUCGUGUCGCUGCUGCAGGAGGCCAAGGACGGCGUCCUGGAUCUCAAAGCGGCUGCAGAUACUUUGGCUGUGAGGCAAAAAAGAAGAAUUUAUGAUAUCACCAAUGUCUUAGAGGGAAUUGACCUGAUUGAAAAAAAGUCAAAAAAUAGUAUACAAUGGAAAGGUGUAGGUGCUGGCUGUAAUACUAAAGAAGUCAUAGAUAGAUUAAGAUAUCUUAAAGCUGAAAUUGAAGAUCUAGAACUGAAGGAAAGAGAACUUGAUCAGCAGAAGUUGUGGCUACAGCAAAGCAUCAAAAAUGUGAUGGACGACUCGAUUAACAAUAGAUUUUCCUAUGUAACUCAUGAAGACAUCUGUAAUUGCUUUAAUGGUGAUACACUUUUGGCCAUUCAAGCACCUUCUGGUACACAGCUGGAGGUACCUAUUCCAGAAAUGGGUCAGAAUGGACAAAAGAAAUACCAGAUCAAUCUAAAGAGUCAUUCAGGACCUAUCCACGUGCUGCUUAUAAAUAAAGAAUCCAAUUCAUCUAAGCCUGUGGUUUUUCCUGUUCCCCCACCUGAUGACCUCACACAACCCUCCUCUCAGCCCUCCACUCCAGUGACUCCACAGAAAUCCAACAUAGCAACUCAGAAUCUGCCUGAGCAACAUGUCUCUGAAAGAAGCCAAAAUCUUCAACAGACUCCAGCCACAGACUUGUCAUCAGCAGGAUCUAUUAGUGGAGAUAUCAUUGAUGAGUUAAUGUCUUCUGAUGUGUUUCCUCUUUUACGGCUUUCUCCUACCCCGGCAGAUGACUACAACUUUAAUUUAGAUGAUAAUGAAGGAGUUUGUGAUCUGUUUGAUGUCCAGAUACUAAAUUAUUAGAUUCCAUGGAAACUUGGGACUGUUAUCUACCUCUAACUGUAACAUUUUAGACUUCUUAAUAACCUAAGUAUUUAAAAUAAUGAAUGUAACACCUUUUUAGUU